UGUGUGGUUUGCCAAUUUGUUCCUCUGCGCUGGCUUGUGGCAGUUGGAGUCUGACCCUUCCAAAUUGCGUCCCAAUCACGCAGCCGCCUCGGCGUCCCUUCCCCCUUUCCACGAGCGCGAGGCUGGCUGUAUGCUGGGCGCCGUCGUCCGUGUCCCGGCGCCGAUCCUGCUGCCUCUCCUCCCCGGACCGACGCGCCCUCUCCUCCUCCGCCGCCGCCGCCACUGCCUCCCGCCCGAGGCGCCCAUGGCCUCGGCCACCCCUAGCGACGGCGGCGCCGCGAAGCCCGAUGCCGCGCCCGCGCCCGUGCCCGUGCCCGCGCCCGCGCCAACGCCGCUGCCGCUGCCGCCCGAGAAGCCUCUCCCGGGCGACUGCUGCGGCAGCGGCUGCGUGCGCUGCGUCUGGGACAUAUAUUUCGACGAGCUCGACGCGUACGACAAGGCGCUCGCCGCCCACGCGGCCGCCUCCUCAGGCUCCGGCGCCAAGGACGACUCCGCCGAUACCAAGCCCAGCGACGGCGCCAAGUCCUGAAGCGCGUCUCUUAUGUGUAAUGACCCUCGUCUGUUCCCAACUGAGUUAGAUCGCUGGCUGUCUCACCAGAUUCACAUACGCUGCUGCCAAUUCUUUACACUGAGACACUACAAUAUCAUUGUGCCUGCUGUGGUAGGCAUGUGCUAGAUUGGGAUGCUUUGUCAGUUUACCCUCAUUGUUGUGUAACAAGAGAAAGUUAUGAUUUAUCACAAACAAAUGGAAGAUUCAAUUUCU